CUGACAACACCAGCUCCUCUCAACAGCCCAGCCCAGCCCAGCCCCAGACACCACCAUGACCAGCUCCUGCUGCGGCCCCGCCUUCUCCUCCCUGAGCUGCCAGGAAGGCUGCUGCCAGCCCUGCUGCUGGCGCGACCCCUGCUGCUGCCGCCCAGUGUCCUGCCAGACCACCGUGUGCCGCCCCGUGACCUGCGUGCCCCGCUGCACGCGCCCCGUCUGCGAGCCCUGCCGCCGCCCCGUGUGCUGUGACCCCUGCUGCCUGCAGGAGGGCUGCUGCAGGCCCAUCAGCUGCUGCCCCACGUCCUGCACGGCUGUGGUCUGCCGGCCCUGCUGCUGGGCCACCACCUGCUGCCAGCCUGUCUCUGUGCAGUCCCCCUGCUGCCGGCCCCCCUGCUGCCAGCCGGCCCCCUGCCGCACCACCUGCAGGACCACCUGCUGCUGAGACU